AUGAUGGAAUACGCCCAAUACCAACAGCAACCUCAAAGCGCACAUUCUCAACCGCACAUUCAAACAGGAUACCCCACAUCUGCAGGUGGAAACAGCAUCACUUCACCAUCAACCCAGCACUUGUCCCAAACAUCCCCGAUUCUUCCAUCACAACAACACCAACCGUCGCCGACACAACCUCACAACAUGUAUCAACCACAGUAUGCAGUCCCCCAACAGCCCAUGCAUUAUGGAAUGCCUGGGAUCCAGGCAGCGGCCAUGGCUGCCACUGCCGCCGCGUCCGGGUCUUCGUAUCCCUACAUGCCGUCAGAUCCCAGUCUACAGCAGUCACCGAGGAUGUCGGGCGUUGGCGCAAAGAAAGAUUCCAGGGCUGGACCGAGGUCUCCGCAGCAAUUGAAUAACAUUCCCCAGCAGCGGAGGCUCAGUCAAGUCGCGAGCCCGGGCGUUCCGAAUGCGCCCACAAUGCUGAAUCACGGCGCGCCGCGCACGGCUGUGCCCCCACCGAUGACGGCGGGCCAGCAGAUGCCGCCGCCUCAAUCUCCAGAGAUUGCUUCUGGUGCUGUCGAGGAGUCUCCUCUUUACGUCAACGCCAAACAGUUCCACCGAAUUCUUAAGCGCAGGGUGGCCCGGCAGAGGUUGGAGGAGGCGCUUCGGCUGACUAGCAAGGGCCGCAAGCCUUACCUUCACGAGUCGAGGCAUAACCACGCCAUGCGCCGCCCUCGUGGACCUGGUGGGCGUUUCCUGACGGCUGAGGAGAUUUCGCAAAUGGAAAAGACCAAGUCCGAUGGUUCCAGCGACAAGGCAGAGACCGAGCAAUCUGUCAAGACCUCGACGGGCGCGACAAAGCGCAAGUCCGAAGGGAACAGCGGGGCCCCGGCGAAGAAGACCAAGAGGGCGGUUUCGACGCCAGAAGAUGACGACGACGAUGAAUGA